AUGACUGAUACAGAGAAAUAUGAUAGACAACUCAGAUUGUGGGGUGAAGAAGGUCAAGCUAGACUUGAAAAGUCACAUAUCUGUUUGAUCAAUGGUACCGCCACUGGUACUGAAACUCUAAAGAAUCUUGUAUUACCAGGUAUUGGUGGAUUCACUGUUGUCGAUGGAAAUAAAGUUAGUGCUUCAGAUUUGGGAAAUAACUUCUUUUUGGAUAAGAGUUGUUUGGGACUCUCCAGAGCGUUGAAGGUUUGCGAGUUCCUCAGAGAGUUGAACGAUCGUGUCAAAGGUUCGUCGUGCGAAGAGGAUCCAGUUCACUUGAUCAACGAGAAGAUCAGCUUUUUCAAGGAGUUUGAUUUGGUCAUUGCCAAUCGUCUUCCAGAGGCUGCACUCACCACACUCUCCCAAUACCUCUGGGAGCACAACAUCCCACUAGUCGUCGUUGUAUCCUAUGGUUACAUCGGUUAUCUUCGUUUAGUUGUACCAGAACAUCAAAUUGUCGAGUCAAAACCAGAUACACCAUUGGAUGACUUGAGAAUCUAUAAUCCAUUCAAGGAGUUGGAGGAGAUGGCCGACCAGUUGGAUCUUAAAUCGUUGAAUUCACAACAACACGGUCACGUUCCAUAUAUUACACUGAUGGUUCAUUUGUUGAAGAAGUGGAAAGUCGAUUCCAACGGUGGAAAGAUGCCAUCGACCAGAGACGAGAAGGAGUCAUUCAAGAAGUUCUUUAUCUCCAAUGCCAACAGCUUCCAAGACGAGGAGAACUUCCAAGAGGGUGUCAAGGGCAUCUGGAAGGUCUUACAGCCAUACUCUGUGCCAUCGGACAUCGUUGCCAUCAUGAACGAUCCAAAGGCAGCCAACUUGUCAUCCACCUCCGACGACUACUGGGUGAUGGUUGCUGCCCUCAAGAAAUUCCAUGAGACACACCAAGUACUUCCACUCCAAGGAACCAUCCCAGAUAUCACAGCCGACACAAUCAGUUAUAUUAAUUUACAAAAGAUUUAUCACGAAAAAGCAAGUGCAGAUUUGGAUGAAUUCACUUCGAUUGUAAAUUCAUUGGUUUCUUCGGUCGGUAAGACUUUGAUUCCAUCAGAGAUGAUCAAGAAGUUCUGUAAGAACGUUAGAUUCUUGAAUUUGGUUAGAUACAGAUCGUUGGUCGACGAGUUCACUCCAGCCACCGCCAGAUCGGCAUACAUGAUCUCCGAGUUGGAACAACCAGAUUCCAACCUCGUCUUCUAUAUUGUAUUGCGUGCAGUCGAGAAGUUCAACAAUAUCUACAACCGUUAUCCAGGUUUCAACGAUGAGGAAGUCGAUGCCGACAUUCCACUUUUGAAAUCAUGUGUAACCUCUCUUCUCAAUGAUCUAUCAAUCCCAACCACAUUGGUCAAAGAUGAUUAUAUUACUGAAAUUGCAAGAUAUGGUCACUGUGAAUUACAUAAUAUUGCAUCGUUGAUGGGUGGAGUUACAUCACAAGAGGUCAUCAAGUUGAUCACUCACCAAUAUGUACCAUUAGAUAACACAUUCAUCUUUAACGGUAUUAACAGUACUGCUAACCCAUACAAGCUCUAA